CGCUUGCAUUCACUCCAAAACAAACACAGCUCAUCUCAUCACUCCUCAGAUUAUUAGUAGCUAAAGCCAAGAGCACACAAGCUCAUCUCUCUUCACAAUUAUAUUCAGACAACCCAACCUCAUCUAGCUAGCAAUGGCGCCUACAGCAACCAUGAGCAACAAAGCCGUGGUGCUCCUCCUGCUGGUGGGUCUUCUCCCUCUCGCCACCCUCGGCUCCCGCUCCGGCCCGUCCGCGCACCACGGCCACGCCGGGCACGGCCCCAAGCACUCGCCGCCUCCGUCUCCUACACCGGCGACGCCCGCCCCCGUCGCGGCACCCGCCGCCGCGCUGGUGCGCUCCACCUGCAACUCGACCACCUACUACGACCUGUGCGUGUCCGCGCUGGGCGCCGACCCGUCCAGCGCCACGGCCGACGUGCGCGGCCUCUCCUCCAUCGCCGUCUCGGCCGCCGCCACCAACGCCUCCGGUGGCGCCGCCACCGCCGCCGCGCUCGCCAACGGCACCGCCGCGGCGUCGAACGCGCAGGCGGCCCCGGCCACCGCCGCCGACGCCACCGUGCAGGCGCUGCUCCGGACCUGCGCCGCCAAGUACGGCCAGGCCCGCGACGCGCUGAGCGCCGCCAGGGACUCCAUCGCGGCGCAGGACUACGACUUCGCGAACGUGCACGUGAGCGCCGCCGCCGAGUACCCGCAGGUGUGCAAGGCGCUGUUCCGGCGACAGAGGCCGGGGCAGUACCCGGCGGAGUUGGCGGCGAGGGAGGAGGCGCUCAGGCAGCUCUGCUCCGUCGCCAACGACAUCAUCGCCCUCCUCGCCAACAGCAGCAGCUAAUAACCUAGCUGGUCGACCGGCGAUCUCCAUGAUGCAUAUCCUUGAUCUAUCUAUCCAUCUUGUGUUGGAUAAUUCUAGCACACGGUCAGUUAGCGAGUCUGUUAGUUCGUUAGAAAAUAACGAGCCCCUGCGUGGGCGCGUCGAGUCGUGGGCGUGUUGCCCGGUCUUUUCUCCUUACAUGUAGAUGCACGACGCCGCCUGGAUCUCGCUCGUGGGAUGGCACAAGCCGGUAGGAGAUCGUGGUCGCGAUCAAGCUUUGUAAUCCCUAUUUAAGUUGUUGAAUAGAGUCAGAAAACACUACUACUUCCGCAG